GUUCUGAUGAUGCUUGAUAACUAUGUAAGGGAUUUCAAAGCGUUGAUUGACUGGAUACAGCUACAGGAGAAGCUAGAAAAAGCUGAUGCUCAAAGCAGACCUACUUCGUUAGCCUGGGAAGUAAAGAAAAUGUCUCCAGGACGCCAUGUGAUUCCAAGUCCAUCAACAGAUAGAAUUAGUGUGACAUCAAAUGCUCGAAGAAGUUUAAAUUUUGGGAACCCUGCAGUGACAAUUUCUGCAACACGCCUGGCUCCUUCUGGUGUAAGUUGGGCUGAUAAGGUGAAAGCCAGUCAUGGAACUAAAGCUGCCAAUCCUGAGCUAGCAACAGCACAAACCUGUCUGCCACCUCCAGUACAGAAGUCAUCGCGGAAAAAUGAUCGAAAGGAUGCAGAGGGCUGGGAAACGGUUCAGCGUGGAAGGCCUGUUCGAUCUCGAUCCACAGCUUUGGCAACAAAAACUCCUAUAGCUGCAGAAUCACCAAAGUCCAAAGGUGACAGUGACAAAGAAAAUGUCAUUUCACCACCAUCAGCGAAUAAGCGUGGGAGUUCACUCACUGACAGUGGUGCAUCCAAAAGCACAGAGCUUGUACAGAAAGAUCCUUUACAUCAGUCUGAAGGUCCGCUUACUGAAAGGACUCAGUUCACAGCACAUGCCUCAGAAGACAAUGGGAGCACUGGCACACUGUUGCAAGAAGAUUCGUUACAAACAGUUUCUGAGAUGCCUCCACUUCUCACAAAUACUGACUUGACUUCAAAAAGACUGCAGAUUAAUGAAGCUUCCUCCCUGAUCACUGGUACUAUAGACCAGCAUCAAACAGAAAAAACUGAAACUGAAAUGGAUCCCUCAGAUAUUUCAAAUGUGAGUGCUGCCAGAUUGUCUAUGGCAGAAGUCCUUGCUAAGAAAGAAGAGUUAGCAGAUCGCCUGGAAAAGGCAAAUGAAGAAGCCAUUGCUAGUGCUAUUGCAGAAGAAGAGCAAUUAACUAGAGAGAUUGAGGCAGAGGAAAACAAUGACAUUAAUAUCGAGACUGACAAUGAUAGCGAUUUCUCUGCUAGUAUGGGCAACGGAAGCAUAUCUUUCUGCGGUAUGUCUAUGGACUGGAAUGACGUUCUGGCAGAUUAUGAAGCUCGUGAAUCAUGGCGCCAGAGUAAUUCUUGGGGAGACAGAGUGGAAGAAGAGCCUGCACGUCCACCUGGACAUGGAAUACACAUGCAUGAGAAGCUGUCAUCACCGUCACGCAAAAGAACAAUAGCAGAGUCCAAAAAGAAACAUGAAGAGAAACAAAUGAAAGCUCAACAGCUGAGAGAAAAGUUACGUGAAGAAAAGACACUGAAGCUUCAAAAAUUGAUGGAGAGGGAGAAAGAUGUACGGAAAUGGAAAGAAGAAUUAUUAGAUCAAAGACGCAGGAUGAUGGAGGAAAAAUUACUCCAUGCAGAAUUUAAACGUGAAGUGCAGCUACAAGCAAUUGUGAAAAAAGCACAAGAGGAAGAAGCUAAGGUAAAUGAAAUUGCAUUUAUAAACACCUUAGAAGCUCAGAACAAACGUCAUGAUGUGUUGAAUAAACUAAAAGAAUAUGAACAACGCUUAAAUGAAUUGCAAGAAGAACGUCAACGAAGACAAGAGGAAAAACAAGCACGUGAUGAAGCAGUUCAGGAGCGCAAAAGAGCCCUGGAAGCAGAACGGCAAGCCCGAGUUGAGGAGCUGCUGAUGAAGAGGAAAGAACAAGAAGCACGGAUUGAACAGCAGAGGCAAGAGAAAGAAAAAGCACGAGAAGAUGCUGCACGGGAGAGGGCCAGAGAUCGAGAGGAGAGGUUGGCAGCUCUUACUGCAGCUCAACAAGAAGCCAUGGAAGAAUUACAGAAGAAGAUUCAACUGAAGCAUGAUGAAAGUAUUAGAAGGCACAUGGAACAAAUUGAACAAAGAAAAGAGAAAGCAGCUGAAUUAAGUAGCGGAAGACAUGCUAAUACUGAUUAUGCACCAAAACUUACACCAUAUGAACGAAAAAAACAGUGCUCAUUAUGCAAUGUAAUGAUUUCAUCAGAAGUAUACCUUUUUAGCCACAUUAAAGGGAAAAAACACCAACAAGCUGUGAGAGAAAACAGUAGUAUACAAGGACGAGAGCUUUCAGAUGAAGAAGUGGAGCACCUGUCAUUAAAAAAGUACAUUGUGGAUAUUGUGAUUGAGAGUUGUGUUCCUGUGGAACCAUUAAAAGAUGGAGAGGAAAAACAAAAAACUAAAAAGAAAGCCAAAAAGCUAAAGGCACGGAUGAACUCCAGGGCAAAGGAAUAUGAGAGUUUGAUGGAAGCAAAAAAUGCUGUUUCUGAUUCCCCAUUUAAAGCCAAGUUACAGCGAUUAGCAAAAGACCUUUUAAAGCACCUCCAAAUGCAGGAUAGCUGUUCGUUGGGGAGCAACAAGGUUUCUGCUCUGGACAGGACUUUAGGAGAGAUCUCUCGUAUUCUGGAAAAAGAG